UCAUUUCCUUGUAUGGGCUUUGUGUGCGCGUGCCACUAGUAAAUCGUGUACUGCUCGUGCGCCCGCUCUUGUGCAAAGUGAGCUAGCAGCUGCUUUGUUGUGCUAGACAUCGACAGAAUCAUCAGGGAUUUUAUAAAGCGAAGAAUAUCAUGAUUUUCAAGAAUUCAUUCAGGGAUGGAGACUUGAGUCCAGCAUGAAACAGACAGUCAAGAUGUGAAUGCGUUGAGCGUCACGUACACCAUAUCAGGAGAGCUAAACCAAAAGUGCAACAGAGGAUUCCAGAUUUUCUCUUGGUCAAGUUGCCAGCAACUAGCUGGCUGAUUCAAAUACAGAGAUGGGUGGGUCCAUGUCAAGAAGCAAGAAGCAAGCUCACUACAAGAGCAAAAGGGAACUGCCCUCCAGACACUGGGUGCCUUACCCUUCCGAGCCCAAGCGGGUUUGCUCGGACCAGUCCGGCCGCGUGGUCAAGGCAGUGGAUUUGACCAGUGUCCUGCGGCCCUGCGGUGACUUCGGCCACCUCCCGGCCGUCAGGUGGUGGGUGGACUGCGAGUUCUUACCCUUCGACGACUCCAAGCUGCUGACCUGCGUGGCCCUGCACGACCUCGGGGGUCAGAGGUUACCGCCCAACCUGCCGCCCUGCACCACCAACGGGGUCAUUAAUGUUUGGAACUUGGGCAAAGAGAACAGUGUGUCUUCCUUGGCAGGGUGCGCGACCGAGAUCCACCGCAGGAGCAGCCUGCAUCAGCCUCACUGUCAGAUGACGCCCGACGGCAGCUUCGUCUGUUACUUGGAAUCCAACGGCAUCAUCAUGCGCAACAUCAACGACGUGAAACAGUUCUACAAGCGAGAGGUAUUUUUCAGGUAUGGCAUCUACCACUUCUGCGCAAUGUCACCUGACGAGAUGUUCAUUGCUACCAUCACAAAACAGCGGCACUGCUUCCAGCUCUACGUCUUCUCCAUCCAGUACUUCUACUCAUACAAGGAAGCCAAUUGCCAUGACAUCUUCCCGGAGUUUCAAGGUGACCAGCAGGGCCGGGCCAACACCGAGCAGCUGGAGUGUCGCUUCUCCCCAGACAGUCAGAUGAUAGCAGUCAGCAGCUCCUCGGGAGAGCUCUUCGUGGCCAGGAAGUGUGGCCUGACCCUGUACCGUGCCGCCCUGCCCGGGGUGUGCGGGCAGCUGUCCGGACUUUCCAACCCCCGCACAUUCGACUUUGACCCCCGGUUCGGACACCAGGUCCUAGCGGCUUGCAGAAAUGACCGCACGCUUGUGGUGUGCAACCUUGAAAGGAGAACUCACGUCUGGAAGGCACGCCUUCGGUCUUCCUUCGGGAGCCCUGAUUCUUUGAAAUACAACCAGGAGGGUAACACCCUAGCCGUGGCCUGCUCGGAGGCCAAGAUUGGACUCUUCGACUCUAGGAACGGGGAUACCCUGCUGGUCUUGGACGGAGCUGAUCAGUGCGUACACUUCUCCAUGAAACGGCAGCCGGCAACCGGGCUCUAUCCCACGGUGCUCCGGUUGUCCUUUACCCACAAUGCAUCUCACUUGGCCGCGGCAUCCAUGGACGGGUUCGUCCGAAUCUGGCGUCUCCAACAGGCAUCAUCUCUACAGAGUCUGUGCCGGAUCAAGAUCCUGCGACACGUUCCGCUCAACAAGGUUGGCAAGCUGCCUCUUCCUCAGAAACUUCGGGAUUACAUCCUCUGCAGUCCCAUGUGGUCUUGACCUAUUUGAGUGUGAAAACCAAUGGACUUGGUGCAGACACCUUUGAAGGUGCAGACACCUUUGAAGGGAAUAUGUUGCCCAGUUACGCAAGUCGCAAAUUGAAGGUCUACGUGCAUGCGCACACUAGUCCAACACAUUUCAUCUGAUAGUGUCGAACUUGUAAUGUCUUCACAUGAGCACAGGUGAACUUUGAGAAUGGUGUUUUGUAUGUCUUCUCAUUCUUUUUGCAGCAAUGAGGGGGGUAAUUGUGCACGUAGUAGUCGCCAAAAUAAGUUGCCAAAAAUCCUAUCUGUGAAUUUUCACCAUGAACCCUUAUUUCUUAAGGCUAAAGAUCUUUGACUAAAUACAUGCGUGAAGAUUUUGCUACGCAACACUUCAAAAAUUACACGGUAUAUACAGGAAGAAUUCCAUACAUGGACAUCACUAAUUUUUCCCUGCAGUGACAUAUCAGCCAUCAGAAAGCAAUAACCUACAAAAGUCAAAUAUAGCAGGAAAAUAUUGAAUCAUUGACUGAAAAAAAAAACAAUUAGAAUUUUUCAGACCAGUCUCAUAGGGUUUGUGCACAGGGUGUCAAGUGAUGUCCAGAUAGGAAACUCUUUCCCAAAGUACUUUUCUUUAAAUGUCCGAAGAAAAGUAGGAAUUUUUUCGAAGUAUCAUCUAAAAAUGACUGUUAUUCAGUCUUGUUCUUUAGCAGCUGUAAAUGUUUUUUCUUUUUCAGGUUAAGUCAUGGUUCCUAGUAAGCAGGAAUACUGAUAUUUCUUGUGCAAUUCCAUUGACAAAUUCAACAGUAUUUUAAAAGACCCUUAAAUGCUGUAAUAUCACACUUAUUUAUUGUACAGUAUUAUGUGUAAUAUCCAAACAAGUUGUAAUAUCCGAACAAAUUAUGUGUGCUAUCCAUUGAAAUCUGUAGAGAAUUACAUUGUUGUACAACUGAUUUUGAAAAGAAAGGUUGGGUUGGUUUGAAUCCUUGAUAAUUUAGUUUUCGCAAUUUUAAGAUUAUACAUGUGUGUUGUUUUAUUUUCUUUUUAAGUGGAGUUUUGUUUUCAGUUUUCCUUCUCCAAUUGUUCUUGCAAUAUGGUGAGCUGAAGUUAGACCAUAAAGACAUGUACAUGUAUGCAUAACACAAUGUGAAAUAGUUAUCACUCUAACUCCCAAAACAAAGAAAGUAAUAUGUGUGCUUUACAGGGUGAGUAAAAAAAAAAAAAAAACCCAAAUGUCGGGACCAUUGUUUUAGUGAAGUUCUGCAUGUAGC